AUGAAUAGAGUUAAAGUAAAGACAAUUAAUUCAAACUCAUGUAAGGGUUUUGAAGGUUUUUCAAAACAUUAUCCAAGUGGUUUAAAUGGAGUUAUGCAACCACAAGAAUUUGAACAAGUUAUUAAUAGAAUUAAUAUGUUAUCAAAAACUCGUUAUCCAAAAACAAUUUCAAUUCCAUUAAUCAUUAUUUUCCUUGGUAUUAUUUUAUUCAUUAUUGGUAUUGUUAAAUUCGAUUGGUCAGUAAUUUCCUCUGGUUUUACAAUUUUAUUAGUUGGUUUUGUAGUUAUGGUAGUUAUGGUUUGUUUCUUUAGACGUAAGGUAAAGAAUAAUAUGCAACCAGCAUUACAAGAAGCAAAUAAUUAUUUCGCAGAAAGAAGAAUUACAUUUACUUUUAGAGAGAAAACAGGUAAACCAAAAAUAGUUAAACAAGGUGCUAAUGAUAAAGUCGUUAGAAAACAUAAACAAUAUUUAGAAAUUAGAUUCCCUGCACCAGGUAGUUCCGGUGGUAUUUUAGGUUUUGUUCAAAGUAUUUUACCAAUUGGAGGUAACCCACAACCACACUCACCAAGUGGUCCAUCAUUCAAUUAUCAACCAAAUCAAGUUAAUGUUAAUGGCGUUGGUUUCGUACCACCACCAGUUAACGUUGCACCAACAAUGAAUAAUGGUAAUUUAGAGUUUAAUUUAAGUGCACCAUCUGUAGCUCCAAAUUUCAAUAUUUCAAUUGAUGCUGAAACUGCAUUAAAAGUAACUGGUACUGCUGCUAAAGGAAUUUAUGAUGGCUAUAAUACUUUUGUAUAA